CUUACGGGGCGGGGCGGCCGCGCCCGCCGCUAGGACCCCCCGGAGCCGGCCUCGGCGCGCCGGGGGCGCUUCUCCUUCCGGUGGGGGGUCGUGGGGCGGGGCCUCAUGGAAACCGUUCACCCCGAGAGUUGCGAGGGAGGGGCUGUGGCUCCUGGGGCCCAGGGGCGGCCGGCGCCGGAGGCAAGGGUGCACUUCCGAGUAACGAGGUUCAUCAUGGAGGCAGGUGUCAAGCUGGGGAUGCAGUCUAUUCCCAUUGCCACCGCUUGCACCAUUUACCAUAAGUUCUUCUGUGAGAUCAACCUGGAUGCCUAUGACCCUUAUCUGGUUGCCAUGUCUUCCAUUUAUUUGGCUGGCAAAGUGGAGGAGCAACACCUGCGUACUCGGGACAUCAUCAACGUGUCCAACAGGUACUUUAACCCAAGCAGUGAGCCCUUGGAGCUGGACUCCCGCUUCUGGGAGCUCCGAGACAGCAUUGUGCAGUGUGAGCUCCUCAUGCUGAGAGUUCUGCGCUUCCAGGUCUCCUUCCAGCAUCCACACAAGUAUCUACUCCACUACCUGAUUUCCCUCAAGAACUGGCUGAAUCGUUACAGCUGGCAGCGGACCCCCAUCUCUGUCACGGCCUGGGCCCUGCUGCGUGACAGCUACCAUGGGGGACUGUGCCUCCGGUUCCGGGCUCAGCACCUGGCUGUGGCAGUGCUGUACCUGGCUCUGCAGGUCUAUGGAGUCGAGGUGCCUGCAGAGUCUGAGGCUGAGAAGCCAUGGUGGCAGGUGUUUAGUGACGACCUUACCAAGCCAAUCAUUGAUAAUAUUGUGUCUGAUCUCAUUCAGAUUUAUACCAUGGACACAGAGAUCCCCUAAGGCCCUGGCCCAGGCCUGCCCAAAGAGAAGCCCAGGAUGGUCGGCUGCCUGGGGACGGUGCCACCACGUCGCUGUGACGGCCGGUCCCCAGAGGACCAGCUGGGAGGACUGGUUGUGCUGCUGGAGAUGGGCUGGUGAAGGCGAUGACAUGCUGCCGCUCUGACUGUCCCCAGCAGCCGCGGUCCAGACGAUGCUGGGAGGUGCACCUCCAGCGGGCAGGCUGGGAGUGCACAGUGCGCUGCUGCCCUGGGGCAGCUGCAUCUGCUUUUGUCCUUUGAGAGGACUCUGACUGUGGUUGAAGUGUGAUGUCACUGACAGGAAUGUCGAAGAACAGAUGAGACUGCACCCUAUGGAUUUUGUAAAGCCAGAUUUUUAGAAAGUAUGAUUGUGCAACAUAGAUGGAAUUUUAUUUUGUGUAAUAAAAGUGAUGCA